AUUGUAAUGUCGAAGAAGCAAUACGGUAGCUUUUCUUGCGACUGGGAAUAACCAGAUAAAUAAAAUAACAGGUCGUGAGUUUAUGUUCCUACUUAUGUGAUAGAAGUGGGAUUUUGUAAGUUGUAUUUUCGCAUUUCGUGUUAUUUUAAUUUGCAUGAACAAUUGUAAAACGAGGCAUCGGGUGUUUCAGUUUAUAACUGUUGACAUGACUUGAAUCAUGUGUAACACUCUGUCACAAGCUGUCUCAGACUUUGAACCCAAAGCUCAUUCAAUACAUUUUAUAACAUAUUUGAAAUAAUCGGAAAGAAUACGAUUGGAUAUCCUUUCACCAUGCCACGAGUAAAGAACAUCAGUGUAAAUCGACCAAAACUGGACUGGAAGUUCCUUCAGAGGUUCUGCAGCAUUCUGAAGAUCCUUUUCCCAUCCUGGUCCUACCAAAAUGUGCGAAUGUUCUUGACCCUUCUUGGAGUCACACUUUCAGUACAGCUUGUGAUUUAUCAAGUGGGUCUCAUUCCCAGUCAGUUCUAUGAGGUUCUGUCUGAAAAGAACUAUGGCAGGUUCAGAGAUCUGGUGGCCUUUGCAGUUUUUCUCAUCUUGAUUAACUCGGCACUGAAGAGUCUGGACCAGUACAUCUGCAGCCUGCUGUAUGUGAGGUGGAGGAAGACUUUAACCGAAGAACUCCACCACACAUACUUUCAGGGUCGUGUUUACUACACCCUCAACAUACUGCACAAAGACCUCGACAACCCAGACCAGCGCAUCAGUCAGGAUGUAGAGCGGUUAUGUAAGCAGAUGAGCACCAUGGCUAGUCGACUUCUUAUUUCCCCAUUUACCAUCUCUUACUACACCUAUCAGUGCUUCAACAGUGCCGGUUGGAUUGGAUUUGUUAGCAUCUUUGGCUACUUCUGUAUUGGAACGUUCAUUAAUAAGAUCUUGAUAGGACCCAUUGUGUCCACGCUGGUUGAGCAAGAAAGGCUGGAGGGAGAUUUCAGGUUCAAACACAUGCAGAUUCGAGUAAACGCUGAAUCUGCAGCCUUCUACUGGGCUGGGAAAGUGGAACAAAUGCGAACCAACCAAAGGCUACAGAUACUCGUAUCCACACAGAGAAGUCUGAUGAACAAAGAGUUCUGGCUUUACAUUGGGGUGAAUACCUUUGACUACAUGGGGAGCAUCCUCAGCUAUGUUGUUAUAGCGAUACCCAUCUUUGCUGGGGUGUACGACGGCCUGACACCUGGAGAACUGAGUGCACUCGUCAGUAGGAACGCCUUUGUCUGCAUUUAUCUGAUAAACAGCUUUACUCAAAUAAUAGACCUUUCAACCGCUGUGUCUGAUGUCGCCGGAUACACCCACAGAAUUGGAGAACUAAGGGAGGUGAUGUCUGACAUUGCAAAGAAGCAGUGCAUCCAGGACAGAUACGAUCCACUGACAAAGGAAACAGGUGACUUCGACGGUGAUAAAGAGGUUCACGACAUCCCAGCAGACACAGCGUUUGUGUUGGAUCGGCUCUCUUAUAGAUCGCCCGUCUCACAGGAGCUGCUCGUGAAGGAUCUGACCAUGAAGAUCACUCAAGGAACAAACCUGCUUGUAGUGGGAAACACAGGAACUGGAAAAACCUCCUUGCUGAGAGUCCUCAACUUCCUCUGGGAGCCAUGCAGUGGUUCUGUGGAGAUGACCACAUGUUUUGGACCGAGGGGCGUGAUGUUCUUACCACAGAAACCGUAUCUGACUGACGGCACUUUGAGAGAGCAGGUGAUCUAUCCAUUAAAGGACAUAUAUCCAGCAUCAGGGUCUGUAGAUGAUGAAAGAAUAUUUAAAUACCUGGAACUCUGUGGUUUGUCGAAUCUUCUGAGCAGGACCGGAGGACUGGAUGCGAAUCUAGACUGGAGUUGGUACGAUGUUUUGUCACCAGGAGAAAUGCAGAGGCUUUGCUUCGCCAGACUCUUCUAUCUGCAGCCCAAAUACGCAGUAUUGGAUGAAGCCACUAGUGCUCUGACAGAAGAGGCAGAAGAGCAGCUGUAUAAAGCCUGUAAGCAGCUGGGUAUGACCCUCAUCAGCGUGGGUCACAGGAGAAGUCUGGAAAAGCAUCAUGAUGUCAUGUUGCGACUGUGUGAAGGUGGCAAAUGGGAACUCACUAAACUCAAAGAGUGAACCUUCAGAAUUACAGGAUAAUCUUGGUCUGGACUGUGAUUUUGGGUGAAUUUAACCCAGAUAGAUUGAGACUUGAAGUGUUUGAAUGUUUACUAGACAGCGUACUGCAAUGUACUUAUUUCUGAUACAGUAAUACAGCCGUCAAUGUAUAUAGUAUUAAGCUACUGUAUAUAUUUUUAAACAAGAUUGUGUAAGCAUAUUCUGCUUCGUUCAACCUUUAUUGGUUGUUUCUUGCCAAAGAAAUUAAGGGAAUUUAGUACACAUGUACAAAAAAUUAAUCAGAAUUUGGUAAAUGAUAAAACGUACAGUAAUUGUUUUAUAAAUAUGAUUGAUAAUAAACUAGUUUCUAUAUGAUCAGUUUUGUUAGUGGUUUCAAUCAGUUAAGAUAAAAAAUUAUAUAUUUUAAAUUACUAAUAUUAUAUAUUUUAAUAGCUCUAAAUUUCUAGUUCUUGACUACAUUUAAGAUUUCGGAUGAAUUAUUCAAAAAUUGUCAUUGUAGUGUGUGACCAGGAGAGGGCCAACAUUUUCUAUCCCCAAAUAUCAAAAGUACGUAAAGAGAUACAUCACCCAAAAAUGUAAAUUCUGUCCUCAUUUCCUCACCUUCGAGUUGUUCCAAAUAUGUUUAAAUGUCUUUGUUCUGAUGAACACAGAGAAAGAUAUUUGGAAGAACGCUCAUAACCAAACAGAUUUUGCCCCCCAUUGACUCCCACAGUAGGAAAGUAUCCCUUUAAAUCCAAUUACAACAUUUAAUCAUAUGAAUUUACUGUUAUUCAGUUCGGAAUUAACAUUGUGUACACGUUGAAAUAAAGAUCCAUCUGGAUGUGUCUUUAAGGAGUUGGAGCAAGAUGAAUAUAUACUGUAUGUUGUCACACGGGCAACACUUAAUAGUAACAGUUUUAAAUAGAACUUGUUCAGACUAAAAUAAAAACAGAUCACACGUAUUCUACACAUUUGUAGCC